AUUCUGACAAAUUGAAAUUACAGUUUGUUAAAAAUGUUUUUAUAAUUAUGUGGAAGUAAAUUUAAUAAAAGUGAAAAAUCAGUUUUUAAACAGUAAUUUUUGCGAAUGAAAUUAUUAAAAUUUUAAAUAUAACCUCUUGCACAAUGGUUUUACUUCGAAAUUUUAUUCUUCUUGCAUUAAUUUGUGGUAUUUUUUCGAGUAUUACUGCAUCACGAAUCCUGGAGUUGAGCGAUAGGUUCCUGGAUAUUCGUAAAGAAGGACAAUGGUUACUUAUGAUGUACGCUCCUUGGUGUGCACAUUGCAAAAGAUUGGAACCAAUUUGGUCUCAUGUGGCUCAACAUCUUUACGCCAGUCCAAUUCGUGUUGGACGUGUGGAUUGCACUCGAUUUACUAAUGUAGCUCAAACUUUCAAAAUCAAAGGAUUUCCAACAAUUUUAUUCUUAAAAGGAGAACAAGAAUUCACUUAUCAUGGCGAUAGAUCGAGAGAUGAAAUUGUAAAUUUUGCAUUACGAUUGAGUGGUCCACCAGUUCAGGAAAUAACAAAAACACAAAGUUUUGAAUUUCUAAAAAAAGAUCGUGAUUUAUACUUUUUAUAUGUCGGUGAAAGAUCCGGAUCAUUGUGGGAGCUUUAUCACAAGACUGCCGAUGUUUUCCAACCUCAUGCUUUUUUUUAUCAAUCUCAUCCAACAGUCGUAGAUAAACAUGCACCUGUAGAAAAUACACCCGCCUUAUUUGUAUAUAAAGAAAGCACUCAUUACAAUUUUACAGGUCACAAUGUAAGCAGCAUUGAUGUAUUGAAUGAAACUUUACAUAAAUGGGUGAAUGCUGAAAGAUUUCCUAGUUUUCCAAAAGUUACACGUGGCAAUAUAAAUCAGCUAUUUUUAACAAAAAAAAAUUUAGUCCUCGCAGUUGUUGAAGAAAAUCAACUGGAAGAAAUGACUCCAGAUAUGAUAGAAUUUAGAGAUAUGAUUGAAUCGUUGAUAAAAUCGAAACGAGACAAAUAUCAUGAACAUUUUCAAUUUGGUUGGAUAGCCAAUUUAGAACUAGUCAAUAGUAUAGCAAUGAUGGUUGUUCCUUUGCCAAAUUUAUUAGUGAUAAAUACAACAACAAAUCAUCAUCAUUUUCCAGAAGAUGAAGCUGGAAAAUUAACACCUCAUGCAAUAGAAAUAUUUCUCGAGCAAAUUCACAGUGAAAAUGUACCGAAAUACGGUGGAAAUAGUUGGUUUGUUCAUUUCUUUCGUUUUUGGUUUGAAACAAAAACUACUCUUAUAGCAAUGUGGAAAGGAAAUCCAGUUUUAACAACAGUCAUAUUUGGUUUACCAGCUGGAUUUUUAUCUUUAAUUUGCUAUGGAAUUUGCUGUCCCGAUAUUUUAGACGCUGAUGAUGAAGAAGAAGAGGAGGAAGAAAAGAAACAUAUAAAGAAAGACUAAGAGAUCUGACUUACAAAAAAAAAGGAAAUAAAAAAAAGGAAAACGCUUAUACCGUAGAGAAUGUUUAUCAAUGAUGAAUUUAACUCUACACGUUAUUUAACACCAAAAAAAAAAGAAAAAAAAAAUUAAGUCAUAGUCUAAAAAAAUAAACAUUCCAUUGAAAUGCUGUUUGUAACUUUGUAGAUUAAAAACUUGUUUUAUCUUCCUCGAAUGUGAAUACCUCUCAAUGGAAUUCAGGUGAGACAAUACGCAAAAAUGUGUUUCAGUGAUAUUGUAAAUGAAUAUUUUAAUUAUUAUAUAUAUACAUAUAAUAUACGAAAAGUCAAACAAAAAAAGCAAAAGAGAAAUUUGAAAUAUUAACUCUUAAAAAAUAGAUUCAAUCAGGUGUGUAUUUACUUUGUGAGUAUUUUAUAAAUUGACUUAGGCGCGAAUCAAAAAAAAAAAUAAAAAUUCAAUAUUUCGAAAAUCUGACCUUUUUAGGAUAAAAUAAAAGAAAUUAAUAAUUUA